UAUCAAAAUAUACCACAGUGAUCUUGUAACAAAGCAUUCAGGCAAGUGCAACAAAAACAACAAAAAGCAUUCUUGGAUCCCUUGGUAAUUAUUAUCACACAAAUGUAGACAUCUCAAGUGGAAUCCAAGGGGUGUACAAUUUGACAUAUUUUUGGGAAAAUAUGCCUUUAAAGGAGUUUGAACCACUGCACGGUCCGACACGGACAAAAAGGUAACACAAUGUAUGCUUUAUUUUGCUUUUUCUUUGGCCUUUUUCAGCAACACUUAUUCCAAAAGAAGGAACAGCCUCGUCAAGGGGCUUUAAAGGGAUGAACGUCCAGAUGUGUUUUUUAAAUGAAUGCGCUGUGUCUGCUUGAAAUGAGCAAGAUAUGUAAAUACUAAAUGUUAUUAUAUAAAUGUCUAUCUGUGUUGGCCCUGUGAUGAGGUGGCGACUUGUCCAGGGUGUACCCCGCCUUCCGUCCAAAUGCAGCUGAGAUAGGCUCCAGCACCCCCCGUGACCCCAAAUGGGACAAGCGGUAGAAAAUGGAUGGAUGGAUGGAUGCCUGUUACAACAUUACAUGGAGAUGCGUGGCUAAGAAGCAAUGUUUUGCCCCGGCGGCGCUCUAUCGGCCUUUUGGGGAGCAGGCGGCCGGUGUGAGGAGCCUCUCCCAGUUCCGGGCCCUGCAGGACGGAGAGCAGGAGUUGGCCAGCCUGCGGGAGCUGGGUCUCACGGACACUGAGAUCCUCCUGUGGCAGAGCAGGGACGACCCGGAGCUACCUGAGCAGUGUCACGGCGUGUGUGCAGCUCCCGGCGUCAAGCAACAGCGCCUCCAAGUGAUCCGAGACAAGAUUGCAGUCAGAGCGGAAAUCCUGGCCCGCCCACAGCGCUUCGCCGCUAGUCGGGCGCUGUCACGCCGCGAGAUGGAGAUCGAACAGGCGCUUUUCCAGGGAAACGAUCGCCUGGGUUUCCUUGCUUCGCUUUACCAUUGUGGUGAAAAUAACCAAGAUGGCCAGCAGGGGGCGACAUCCUCAGAUCCAAUGGACUCACUCUACAAAGAUCUCCUCACUAAGGAGAAGCAGCAAGCGUCACUCCAGGGUCCUCGAACAUCUCCCAUUCCCACACAUGAACCCACAUCUGUGCGGUCACAUGACUCACAGGGAGACCAAUCGGAGGAAAGCUCCCAAAAGGAGCUACGGGAAGAAAAUAGUAGCAGAUCAGAACAGUCUGAGGGGCACCCACCUCCCCCGGUGGUGAUCAACAUAAGCCAGCCGAUAGGCAGUCUCUGUGGAGCGGCGAGGGCGGAGUCAGGCGGCCCGAUGACCGUCACAGGGGAGGUCACGGAGGUGACAGAGGAAGAAAUCCUGGAAAACAGGGAAACUGAAGAGGGCAUCCGAAGCAUUCCGAGGUUCAGGAACUACCAACCUGGAAAUCUCUCCAAAGUUUUGUUUGUAAAGAACCUGAGCGCACAGGCAUCAGUGGCCCAGCUGGUGGCGCUGUUCUCCCGGUUCGAGGGGGCGAGCGGUCCCCCGGUGCUUUACCGACUCCUUACGGGACGAAUGAAGGGGCAGGCCUUCAUCACCCUACCAGACACUGAAACAGCCCAGAAAGCUUUGCAGCUGGUCCAUGGAUACCGUUUGUUAGGGAAACCUUUGGUGGUUGAAUUUGGCCGUGAGCGAAAGGAAGCUGAACAGGAAGAGAAGAAGAAAUAAAAAGUAACGCAACACAACAUUCUCAGAUUUGUUCAGCAGCCAAAAUUGACAUUUUUUUCUAUUAUAUUUGUACCUACAGUUAAUUAGGACAUGUGGAUGAUUUAUGUGGUUUUUACAAAACAUUAUUUAAAGCAUACUAGACUAAAAAUAAAAAUUCCUGUCUGAUCCACUUUUAGGUUGUGACUUUUGUCAUUGCAGUUAUACUUUUGUACACGAGAUGGCGUUGUUUGGUUAUU